GCACAGAGACAGCCACAGCAAAUCCGCUAGAUUAGACGCGCCGCGCACAGGAGGCGCAUAGUUUCACCAAACAAAAUCUAUUGUUUUGAUUACAUGCAUUUGUAGCUCUUUUGAUUCACGACUAGUUCAUGUGUGACGGGCUACUGCGAUCGUAAGGUGUUUUUUUAAGUUUUCUGUCAUUUAAACGGGUAUAGAAAGAAGCUGGAUGUUUUUAAUGGAUCAUGUCCAUGAAACUCCGAGGAACAACAACAACCUCACGACUACUCUGGGAAUCCCAGACGACGGAUUUAGUCAACUAACGUUACAGCUCUGCUAAAGAUCGCGUCGACACUAAUUUACUUAAACAUUUUUAUUUUAUAAUACACGGUCCACUGGACGCGAGACCUCAGCGAAUCAGCGUUUCUUUGUUUGAGCAUUAUUGCAUUGCCGUACUACUAAAGCAAUAUACCAAGUUAUUUUGUUAUAACAUGCAAAGACAAACAUUGAACGUUAGCGAUUUUUGUAGUAAACAAGAGACUGAAUAGUAUUGAAUUGCAAUGUGAAUGCAGUGACGAUUGCAUUACACCUAUUUACAUGUAAACGAGCAGAAAAAAGAUCUGGUUAUGUCCUUCUUUAAUUUCCGAAAAAUCUUUAGAUUGGGCUCAGAGAAGAAGAAAAAACAGUAUGAUCACGUGCACAGGGACACGAACCCGGAGGAAAUUUGGGAGAUCGUGGGAGAACUCGGGGAUGGAGCUUUCGGGAAGGUGUACAAGGCUAAGAACAAGCAGACGGGCAUCUUUGCUGCUGCGAAGGUGAUUGACACCAAAUCUGAAGAUGAACUGGAAGACUAUAUGGUGGAGAUCGACAUCCUGGCAUCAUGCGAUCAUGAAAAUAUCGUCAAACUACUUGAUGCUUUUUAUUUUGAAGCCAAACUUUGGAUCUUGAUCGAGUUUUGCGGCGGUGGAGCUGUAGAUGCGGUUAUGCUCGAGCUUGAAAGGCCUCUAACAGAGCCGCAGAUCCGGGUGGUGUGUAAACAGGUGUUGGAAGCUCUGCUGUAUCUCCACAACAACAAAGUCAUCCACAGAGACCUGAAGGCGGGUAACAUACUGCUCACACUGGAUGGAGAUGUCAAACUGGCGGACUUUGGCGUUUCUGCCAAAAACACAAAGACAAUCCAGAGAAGAGACUCCUUCAUUGGAACCCCUUAUUGGAUGGCCCCAGAAGUAGUGAUGUGCGAGACGUCUAAGGACAGGCCGUAUGACUAUAAAGCUGAUAUUUGGUCUCUGGGAGUCACUUUGAUCGAGUUGGCUCAGAUUGAACCGCCCAACCAUGAGAUGAACCCAAUGAGAGUUCUGCUGAAGAUCGCCAAAGCUGAUCCGCCCACCCUGCAACAACCUUCAAAAUGGUCUCCCGAGUUUAAAGACUUCCUAAAGCACUCGCUGGAUAAGAACGUAGACAACAGGUGGAGCACAGCCCAGCUUCUUCAGCACCCGUUUGUGAGUAGCGUGACUGACAGCCGGCCCUUGCGGGAGCUCAUCGCCGAGGCCAAGGCGGAUGUGGAGGUCACAGAAGAGGUAGAGGAGGUAAAGGAGGAAGAAGAGGAAGACGAUAAUGACGGAAGCGUGAUCCUUCGAGGACACAAGCGUGCAUCGUCUGACGUUAGUGUCGGAAGCUCUGAAGAUGAGAGGCUUCCACAAUCGCCGUCCAUCUUGGAGUCUGUUCCUGAGAAGAUUGAGGAGGCUGCUACUACCAAACUACCAGAUGAUAGUGUUAUAAUUGGAGAAAUAAAUAAAGAUGAAACUGUGAAGGUGGCAGAGAACCACAUCCAGGACGUAACAGCCCCAGAACAAGCUGUAGAUGUUUCUCCAAAGGAACCUCAGGAAACUAAAGCUGAUGAUGAACCAGAAGUUGUUCCCCCAGCGACGCCCGUGGACACGAUAGUCCAUGAAGAGGAGACACCAGCCAAACCUGAAGAAGCUGUGAAAUUGUCAGAAGUUGAGCAGGUAGAGGUCCAUGUAGAGGAGACACCAGCCAAACCUAAUGAAGACAAACCUGUAGAAGAGGUGAAAGAGUCAGAAGUGGAGCAGGGAGAUACUCUGGAUGGUCUGAAAGAGAUCGAACCUGCUGAAAGCAAAGAGCCGAUGGGCAACGGUGAGCUCAUAAAGGAAGUGCUUGCUUCAGAUGUUUCCAAGUUAGAGAAACCAAUAGAGGAAACCACUAAAACAGAUGAGGUCAUCAAGAUUGUAGCUGAUGUACCUAGCCCAACCGGUUCUGUGGAAGAAGAGAAGGUAGAGGAAAAGGAGAAAUCAUCAAUGGAGGAUCAAGAAACCCCUGUGAAACGCAGGUAUGAGAAAAAGGAGGACUCGGAUUCAGGAAUUAGUUCUGCAGCUGAGAGCAUAGACCUGAACUUAUCCGUAUCCCGCUUUAUAAAAUCCAAAGAGCCGGGAUCCACCGCUCGGCAGGAUAACAAGAGGGAGAAAAAAACACUGAAAAAGACUCGCAAGUUCAUGGUGGACGGUGUGGAGGUCAGCGUGACCACAUCUAAGAUCAUCACAGACAAUGACACCAAAAGUGAGGAAAUGAGGUUCCUCAGGCGUCAGGAGCUGAGAGAACUCCGACUUCUCCAGAAAGAGGAGCAGAGAGCUCAACAGCAGCUCAGCAAUAAACUCCAACAACAGAAAGAGCAGAUCUACAAACGCUUCGAACAGGAGGUCACGAGUAAGAAACGUCACUAUGAUACGGAGGUGGAGAAUCUGGAGCGGCAGCAGAAACAGAAGAUCGAGCGUCUGGAGCAGGACCACACCGAGCGUCUCCGAGACGAGGCCAAGAGAAUCAAAGCUGAACAGGAGAAGGAGCUCUCCAAGUUCCAGAACACGCUGAAGAACCGCAAGAAAGAGGAGCAGGAGUUUCUUCAGAAGCAACAGCAGGACCUGGACAUCGCCCUGAAGAAGAUCAUACAGCAACAAAAACAUGAGCUGGCCACCAUCGAGAGAGACUGCCUUAACCACAAACAGCAACUUUUGAGAGCACGUGAAGCAGCAAUGUGGGAGCUUGAAGAGCGCCAACUACAGGAGAAACACCAGCUGCUAAAGCAGCAGCUUAAGGACCAGUACUUCAUGCAAAGACACCAGCUGCUCAAAAGACACGAGAAGGAAAUGGAGCAGAUGCACAGAUAUAACCAACGUUUGAUAGAAGAGUUGAAGACCAAACAGACUCAGGAGAGGACCAGACUGCCUAAGAUUCAGCGCAGUGACGGCAAAACCCGUAUGGCCAUGUAUAAAAAAAGCCUGCGUAUCAGCGUCACGGCGGUCACACCUGACCUGGAGCGAGAGAGAGUUAAACAGUUUGCAGCACAAGAGGAGAAAAGACAAAAGAACGAGAGGCUUCAUCAACUCCAGAAACACGAGAAUCAGAUGAGGGACCUACAGACGCAAUGUGACAUGAAUGUCAAAGAACUCCAGCAGUUACAGAACGAGAAGUGCCAUCUGCUCAUCGAGCACGAGACUCAGAAGCUGAAGGAGCUGGAUGAGGAACACAGUGCGGAGCUCAAGGACUGGAGAGAUAAACUCAAACCCCGCAAGAUGGCCCUUGAAGACGAGUUUGCUCGUAAGCUACAGGAACAAGAAGCGUUCUUCAAAAUGACCGGAGAGUCUACAUGCCUUAACCCCUCCAGCCAGAGCCGAAUCUCUAAGUUUUACCCUGUACCCGCCGUCCAAUCCACAGGGUUUUAAAAAAGCGUAACGGCAGAAACAUCUCACCGCAUAUGCACUACAUAUACUGUAUGCGCACACACGACUGAAUCACUUCGGCCGUCUGCCUUAUAGUCUUAGAAUAAAGCCGUCGCUCCUGUAAUUACCGUCGUAAGCUAUAUGCGUUUCAAUUUUAUUUAAACUUCAAUAUUGGAUUUUUUUUUACUGGGACGUCACUAGACAAGGAUGGUGCAUGAAGAAUGACAUGGUUUAAUAUUCUGUAUUCCCCUAAAUUAAUUUUUGUUUCCAGUGUUUUUAAGAUGGCACGACUGUUCAGCUUCAGACUUUAACUAGUCAAUGUUUGAUGUCAGUGAAGAAAACAAAUAAGCUUAUGAUUUAAAGGCCAAUCAGAAAAAACGCACAUUGAUUCUGCCAAUCAAACAUAUAAACAAUUAUGAUUUUAAAAUUCGAUGGCACACAUUUAUUUUCACUAUUGGUAUGAUUUGUUGGUUACUUCCAGUAUGAAUUACAGCAAAUACUUGUGUAAUCUUUAAACAGCAGCCAUAUUGCAUUACGUUUCAGUCAUACUGUAUGCAUUUCUGACAUCACUGUGCUAUGAAAAGUGCGCUUUGCAUCUGCACUGCUAUGCAAUGUAAAAAUGUAGCUAAAUUAAACCAUCUCAGCUCUACGGUUUUAUCCAACCUCAUCAAAAAAAAGUUUCUGGAAGUUUUCUACAUAAAACACUAAGGGGCGGUUUUCCGGACAUAUUCGAUUAAUCCAGAACUAGGCUUUAGUUAUAUUAGGACAUUAAGUAGUUUUUAAACAAAACUACUGGUGUGCAUCUUUUAAACAAAACAAUGGCAUUGAUAUAUGUUGAGAUAUAUGUCUGUACAGGGUGUUUUUAAGUUAAGGGAGCUCAAACGUUUCAAUCCGGGACUGUCCAGGAACCCGCCUCCAAAUAAUUUAUCUUUGAACUUAAAUGCAUGAUUAAUAUUUUUAGUUUGAUAACUUGCAAGUUAUUCACAAAUCUUUGAUCUUGCGUGCUUUACGGUAAAAUUGUAUAGAGGAUUUAUGUAUCCUUGUAACCCAGUUGACUAGAUGAAUCGAGUGUUUUUAUUUUAUUGUAUAUUUUAGCAUGUGAUUUAUUUUAUUUUCUAGCACACUUCAACAUGAACAACUUCAACACGUGUUUGGAAAUCUGUUGUCUUCAUUUACAUGAAAAAGAGUACAGAACGCUUUUUUAACGUGUUCAUAUCUGGUUGGCUGUAUAAACGGUUGCUCAUAUUUACAGUAGAUUUCACUGUACAGUUAUAGUCAGAUGAAGUGCUGUGCACCUUCUGAAAAAAGAUGUCAUGUCGUGCCUGUGUUUGCGUUGUCAUAUAUUUUGUUUGUAUUUUUUAUGCAUUCUCAACUUAUGAGGUAAAGUUAGCAGCCUAACAAUGUGAAAAUCAAUGUGUUUGUUGAAAAAAUCUAAAGGUUGUGAUUAUAGGAAACAAGUUACGUAAUUAAAACCUUUGAUUGAAUAACA